AUGUCAGGCGCUGAGGCUGGGUUUGUCGUUGGCCUCAUUUCAGCCGUAAUCUCGAUUAUCGAGGCAACUAAAACGGUAUAUAAUACCGCUAAAGACGCGAAAGGUCAGCCAGAGGCAUUUCGCCAGGUGGCUGCACGACUGCCACUAGCCAUCGAUAUUCUCCGCAGCGCUAAAACAAGGGCACAAGCGCUCGACGAGACGGCAGAGGUGGUAUUGGGACAUAUCCUGAAGUCAUGCAAGGCGAAGACCGAGAAGCUCCAGGAAAUAUUCCAGAAAAAAGCCUUGAGUAUAUUAGGGAAAGGGGAUAAAGUGGAGUGUUUAAUGGAAGGAAUAUUGAAGGACAUUCAAGUGCUUGCAUGCGGGAGGCUAAUGGGAACCGCUACCGAAGCCCAAGUGAAGGAGAUCGAAGAGGCGAUUAAGCAGAUGGACGAAAUGCCUCCCUCUCUCCAGGACGAGACUGGGAGUGUUAACCAAACAAGCUACGGUAGUGGCCACAACAUUUUGACCUCUGGAGGAAACACAAACAUCAAUUCAGGACGUGGAGAGUUCUAUCACAAUAUAAUCAGUGGUGGGGCGACUUUUGGCACAGAACACCAGAGUCAGCAGCAUCUUCCCGACCCCCAGACCCAGAACUGUCUACGUGACCUGCGGACGACCGAUCCCCGCGACGACAAGACGCGCAUCGAGGAGACGAAAGGUGGCCUGCUGGAAGACUCCCGGCUGCUCUGGAUCAAGGGCGAUCCCGGCAAGGGCAAAACGAUGCUUCUCUGCGGCAUUAUUAACGAGUUGAAGUCGGCUCCCGCUGAUAGUCUUUUGUCCUUUUUCUUCUCCCAAGGCACCGACUCGCGAAUCAAUAAUGCUACGGCGCAGCCAUCGCUCCUUUCACACGUGCGGAAAAAGUAUAAUCAUGUAGGCAGAUCACUAUUCGAGGAUGCAAAUGCUUGGGUGGCCUUGUCUGAAAUCUUUAGUAGCAUCUUGCAAGACCCCAGCUUAAUAAGCACCUACUUGAUCAUCGACGCGCUCGACGAAUGCGUAAUAGAUUUGCCGAAGCUUCUCGAAUUUAUUACUCAGAAGUCAUCUAUAUCUUCCCGUAUAAAGUGGAUCGUCUCCAGUCGCAAUUGGCCUAAUAUCGAGGAGCACCACUUGUCCAAAAACGCGAAUAAUACGUUUCUCUGGGUAGCUUUGGUCUGUCAAAAACUAGAAGAAACCUCUCGCCGGAAAGCUCUAUUAAUACUAGAAAUGCUUCCACUAGGACUUGGCUCUCUCUAUAAGCGGAUAAUAGGGCAGAUAUGUAGUCUGGAAGAUGUCGACGACGUUUAG